GAGCCCCCGGGAAGGCGGGUCCUGCUGCGCAUGCUCGGCGGCCCUUGCCCGCCGCGACAGGUACCCAGCGGAGCAUCCGCAGCUCUGACCCGCAUCCCGCGCCUGGCCAUGACGGCGCACUCCUUCGCCCUCCCGGUCGUCAUCUUCACCACGUUCUGGGGCCUCAUCGGCAUCGCCGGGCCCUGGUUCGUGCCCAAAGGACCCAACCGCGGAGUGAUCAUCACCAUGCUGGUGGCCACUGCUGUCUGCUGUUACCUCUUCUGGCUCAUCGCCAUCUUGGCCCAGCUGAACCCCCUGUUUGGGCCCCAGCUGAAGAAUGAGACCAUCUGGUACGUGCGCUUCCUGUGGGAGUGACCGUCGCCUCCGUGGCCCCAGGUGCCCCCGCUGUCCGGAUGACCGUGGCUCCACUGUCCCCGAUGACCCUUUUGUCACCGUCACCCUCCUCCGCGCCCCCAGCUGUGUCCGGUCCCUCUGGGCCCCCUCCCCCAAGGCCUGCAGGGUUCUGGAAAGUCCCGCCUUCCCCAGCUCGGAAGGCCGAGCUCAGAGCCAGCCAGAGCAGGAGGUGUCCAGCCCUCAGGUUCCCUCUGCCCGCCCCUCCCCGCGUAGGUCCUGGCCGGGAGCUGACGAGGGUGCGGGCUGCCUUGUACGACAAAGGGGAGGCCAGGGCCGGCUGCAGUGUCCUGGGGAGGAGGGCUCGGAGCCAAGAAGCUCCGAGGCUGGAGAAGAGGCCCUGGGGAGGUGGCCGGGCCCUGCCCCGCCCGACUCAGUGACCCCGGAGCGUCUGCCCGCGUGAGGGUCACCUGCAAGAGGGGCCGUAGCGAAAGCCCCUCUUGGGAGUUCUCCUUUAAUUUUCUGACGCCCUUCGAUGUGAGAUUUCUGGAAACGCUGACACAAAACAUUCACACACAAAAAGCGCCAUAGUAAUUUGGAUCAAGAUUGAAAAGCUCUAUGUUGAGAAUCCUUUAUCAUCUGAGUCACCCAAAGGGGCUCAGGAAGUAGUAUCUUCUCCGAAUAUCCUCUCCCCCGCUUCCUCCCCGACCUGGGCCUCCCUGUCCAGGAUUGGGCUCCCUUGCUUUCCAGGGGCUCAGCCUGAAGCAGCUCCACACCCCCCUCCCCCACCCAGGCCUAGACUCCCCAUGGGGGGAGGGUUUCUGAGCCCCUCGAAGCUGCACUUCGGUCCUUUGGAUGGAGGGAGGGUGAAGACAGACAGGUGUGAGUGAGGUGUGGGCAGCGUGGUGGGCCCUGAAGACUGUCUGCGGGUGUGGGCCGGGGAACCCCUGGCCUGGUGAGGACUGGAGGCAGAGCUUGUGGGCAUUGGACCAUUGGGGCCUGGGGCCCCAGCCCAUGCCCUCACUUCCCCCAGCAGAGUUGGGGCAGAGACCUGGCAGUCCCAGAGCUGAUUCAAGUCCCCUGACUCCACUCUGCCAUGUUGCCUCCCCAGGGAGGGGGAAGCCAUCUCUUGUCUUUAUUGACUACUUAUUUGAUUGGCAUUCUGUUCAGCGGGCAUCAUGUUUGGUGCGGUGGUGGAGCGUGGCAUGCCUGCCCUGGGUUUCUUGGUUCUGGGCUCAGCCUGUUGCUCGGAUGGGGGCCUGCCUUUGACGUUGCUCCAGCCUCUUUCCCGCUCCCUUCCUGUGCUGAGCUCUGCGGCCCCCUUGGAGUGGGGGUGCUGUCUCAUGGCCAUGUCUAGUGACUAAUGAAUGAAAGGUGGGGAAAUUCCUGUCUGGGGGCAAAGUCCUGGUUGAGGCCAAGUCUGCUGCCUGCCGCACCCCUGCCCACCCGCUUUCCGUGUCCUUGGUGGGUGGAUUUGAGGGGCAGGAAAGGGGAGUGGCAGCUGCGUGGAGCUGCAGCCCUGGAGUGUGGACACCGAGGCCUACGUUUUCCUGAGACCUGAGAGUGAGUACGGCUUCCCGAUUCUGCCCAGAACUGGGCCUGGCAGGAGGAGGAAGAUGGAAGACUCGUUCAAGUGGAACUUUGCCCACCUCCCAGCUGUGAUUACAGAGAGUGUACGGCCCCUGGGGCUCUGCAAUAAAGCCAGUCCCCAACUUGCG